AUGUACCCAUACCGUGUUUCUAUGCCGCCUAGAAGGCGUCGCAGACCAAGACUUUUCACAAAAGAAAUUGAGACAUUGCUAUAUGCUUUGGGUGAUGGCCCUGUUUCGCAAGAUGCAACAGUGAGUUGUCUUGAAGACUGUUUGGUAGAGUUUCUCACAGACUUAUCGCAUGAAUCGCUCCAGUUUGCCAGGUCUCAUGGGCGCUCAAGAAUCAAAAUGGAUGAUCUACCUUUUGCUUUGCGAAACGAUCCACUGAAGUUGGGUAGAAUGAGUUACAUCCGUGAGCAACUUGCGAAUAUCGAAAAGGCGAAAAAGAUGUACGACACGAACAAUGUCAACGAAAAAGAGCUCUUUGCUGACGAUGAAGAAGACGAGAAGGAAACGAAGGAAACGAAAAAAGAGAAACGGAAAGAGAAAAAGGAGCGAGGACGGAAGCGGAAAAACGCAACAAAUGUCUCUUUUAACGAGUCUAAUGAAAGUGACUAG